ACGGCCACGCCCUGUUCACUUGAGCCUACGCCGUUCCAGGGAACAUCCACAGUUAGGCUGCCCUUGCUUCAGCCUUAAAUGGAGAAGCAGCACUUAACAUAGAAUCUAUGAGCGAGGUCUUUUGUCCUGCUGUACCUACAACUCACUGGUAUCCGUGGUGAGUUUCCUGGCCUUUUUUUCCCUCAAAGCCACAUCCCUGCCAGCACUUCGAGGCUAUCAACAUGAGAUGCUUCGAAGCGGGCUCCGAUCGCUCAGCCGAAGUAUGGAUCGCGGUUAAUGGAGAGAAGCGACGUGAGUACAAUUCACGCCAAGAUGACGAGGAUGAUGCUCUUUGCUGUUUCGUACCUGUCAACAAUUCCGAGAACUUGGCAAUUUGCGUCGAUUUCACUGGGCCGACCAACGAAUACUACGUUGACAUCUUCGUGGAUGGCCUCUUGCGCAAUUGCGUCAAAAAGAAGAAGACGUCUAAAGAGGAACAUUAUUUCGACGCUGCCACCGCCAAGAAACCCGCCAUUCUCUGCUCUUCUGGCUUAUCUUGGAAUGGGAACCAAUUAUAUGAGUGUCCAAUGAAAGUUGUCGCGUUGACCCGGGAGCUUGUCGCCGACAUUGAUGUGCAUGGAUCUGAAGACAUUGGUGUCAUCGAGAUACGCUUGUCAGUGCUUCGAAGAGGUGGCGAACGAUACAAACUCGACACCGACGAAGUCAGACACGCGUUCCAACGGAGCAAAGCUUCUUGCCCCGAAAGAAAGCCCGUCGCUACAAACAGAGACGACCUGGACCCAACCCACGAGAUUGAGUUCACUGCCACUGCUGAGGGGUCAAAGUCGCGCACUUCUAAGAACGGGAAACUUCAUGUGAACAAACUUUUGAACAAUCAUCGUCCGGGGGCUCUCCCAUGGGCUAUAUUCAAGUUCUACUAUCGUUCACAGGGUGAGUUGAGGCUCGUGUCCAUUGGUCCAUCAACUAAUCCUUUCGAAUCAGACGAGAUCGAAAGGACUCUUGAUUUCGAUGUUGAGGCUGAAUCCAUAGGCUUUUGCUUGGCCGUAGAUCCUGUCAACAUUUCUCAAAUGUCGCUCCUCAAAACUAAUAAUGGCAACACAUCUAGUAUCAGGGCUAUGCCAGCUUUGGGUCUAUGGACCGAUAGCAUUCAGCCUCAAUAUUUAGAUGUGACUAAAGAGUCCAUUCCCAGUAAGCUAGUUUCACUCGACGCGGCGGCCAACGAGCGUAGCGAAAUCCAAGAUGGCAGAGCUUCGAGUCAGGCACAUUUGAAUCAAGACGGUGAUAGUCGGAAGGGGGAUGAGCCUAGCUCGUUGCGUCACAACUAUCCUCUAGCUCACUCGACUGUCAUUGUCGAACGUCCUAGUACAACAAUCGAAGCUCUGUUAACGCAAGAGACUGCGGUGAUAGAAAACAUCGUUGGGCCGCCAGCAGCUUGCGCCCCGGUUGCUGUGAUGAUGCGGACCCACUCGCUCAAGCCGGCACCAGACGGUCUCGAUAUUUCUCGACAGCGCACAGAUGAGGCGGCUCAGCCACUCACGUCACAUUUGAAGCGUACCAAAUCUGAACUCCUUUCCAGCAUACCCAAGCGUACCAGGACCGAAACCUCAGAGUCUGAAAGACGAGCUCACAAGCUUACUGAGAAGCGCCAGCACCUUGCAGAACAGAUACGGAAGACUAAGCAGUCGCAAAACUUGGCACAAAAGCGCAAGGAAGCGUACUACAAGAAACAGGAAGAAGUCGAUAACAAAGAACUUGCCAAGCUUGACGACCAGCUCAAAGAAGCCCUUGAGGCUCAGGGAGAAUACGAUCGAGAGAUUGCAGGAUACGAAGCCUCCUGGAAGGAACUGACUGACUCGGAGAUGGAAGCUUAACGUCAUUCUGCGGUAUGGUAUGAGCUACUUCUUUGAACUUAUGGGCGCGCGUCUUUAUGCUUUUUGGUAUCUGGUUAUCUGAUAAGCCUUAGGUAUGGAUGCCUCUAGGUUUUACUAUAUGGGUCGAGGCUCAAUUUGAGCAGAAUUUAGCGUAUCGAAAGCUCAAUUAGGAAUACAUUCAUUACGCGACAUAUGGACUUGAAGUGUUGUGGGAAGUAUGAAUGUCCCAUGUUGGUCCCUUUCAUCUUCAAUCACAGUCUCGAACUGUGGACAUCUCUCGACU